AUGCAAAGGCUGCCUAUCGAGAUUAUGACUUAUAUCGCAAAUUCUCUGAAUCUACAUGACAUUUUCAACCUAAGCCUCGCUUGCAGACAGUUCAGGUACCUCGUGGACAACGAUGAUAUUUGCCGGGUCGCCUUGGAGACUCACGCGCCGUACUCAGUUGAGUUCCAAGCUGCACGCUCCUCAAAGCAGUAUGCUCGCUGCUUGCGACAACUGGUUAAGCUUCGGGACGCUAUCACCACUGCCAAGCCAUACACCACAGCUCUUGUCGCUCAUGCUGUCGACUUCAUCUAUUGCAACGGCACUCUUUGUUAUACGGAAGGUUACGAGGUGUUGCGUCUCCUCAAUUUGCAUGCUUCAUCGGACAUAGAGAAUAUCAUCGAUACUCGGAUGCUGCUACAGUCUGUACCGGGGGCGAAUCUCGCCAGCAGCAAGUACAAGUUUCGCCCGAUCCACUUCGCCCACGGAGUUUUGUCCUGCCUUUACAGCCCACCUAAGACCGAAGGUCGAAGUCGCCUCGUUAUAAUCAACGUGGAGCAGAGGACGCUUCUCACAGCCCAACGUCUCGAGUCAACCUCUAAGCUAUUCGUGCGCAACAAUCAAGACUACCUUUACUACGGCACUCAUUCGGUAACUGGGGAUGAUGGCUUUAAACGAUGGGUACUACGACGAUUUGAUAUACGAACCAAGCAAUGGAAUGCGGGUCACUUGGAUCUUGAUGACCUAGCUGGGUCAGAUAUCGGAGCUACCGUUUGCUUCGAAAUCAUCGACGAUUAUUUUUAUGGGUUAUCUAGCCUGGCCAGUUUCGAAGUAUACGAGACUGAUUCACUGUCGUAUUAUUACGGGUUUCGGUUGCCAGUCGGCAGUACCCAA